UAGUGAUUAGUGGGCCCAAUUGAGCCGGCAACGAAUCAGGCCGGAGCGCGGCGGAGACGGCGGCCAACCAGAGAGAGAUGGCUCCGGGGAAGCGAGGAAAGGCCAAAGGGCAGCAGACGCCGCCGCCCGCCGCCGCCGACGCUGGCGGAGGUGGGUUCCCGGGCUGCCUCCGAUUGAUGCCGCCGUCGACCGUCGCCAUCUCGAUCCACGCCAAGCCUGGCUCCAAGGUCGCCACCAUCACAGAGAUCGGGGACGAGGCGGUUGGUGUCCAGAUCGACGCACCAGCGAGGGAUGGCGAGGCCAACGCCGCGCUUGUCGACUUCAUCAGCUCGCACCUACCAGGUUUGGUUGCUAUGCACCUGGAGGAAGGCUGUAUUGAAUUGCGCUCAUUUUGGUACUUGGGGUGAAGAAAAGAGAAGUAUCCAUUGGCUCUGGUUCUAAAUCAAGGGAAAAGGUUGUGCUUGUACAGGAUGCUACUCUUCAAGGUGUCUACGAUGCUCUGAACAAGUCCUGUAAUUGUUGAUGAUGCGUGUAUGCUAAACCUGAUAUUACUUGAAUGGGCGUGAGCUAAACUAGUGAGUGGCCUUUGUAAUAACACAUUUGCUCUGUUAAAGUGUAUCUUCCUAGUUUCUGGUCCUUGCAAGAUUUCCAACCAGAUGGACCUAGCAGAUUAUAUAACUGAGGUGGGCCUUUGGUGC